GUUUAAUGGCGUCCUUGUGCUCAGAUUAGCUAUUCCCUCCUCCCUUCCUUCGGGGAGGGCUGGGCAAGGCGGAGGGAAGCCAGCGAGAAAGUGCUCAGGCAGGCAGGCAGUGGUGGAGGAGAGGCACCACAAUGCACCAAGCGCCGACACCCUGGAAAGGCUGCACGGGAGUCUAAGGAGCGGCGGGCAGUUCAUGCAAGCGGCGGUGGGAAACGCAGAGCGCAGGAGGCGGCCGCUUGGGAGAGGAGGCGGCGGCGGCGGUGCAAGGGAGAGCCCUUCAUCUUCCCAGCAGCAGCAGCAGCAGGAUUAUUCUGCAAUGACGACAGCAAGAUACAGGCCUACUUGGGACUUGGUGCUUGAUCCUCUCGUAUCCUGUAAGCUCUGCCUUGGGGAAUACCCUGUGGAACAGAUGACAAGGAUAGCACAAUGCCAAUGCAUCUUUUGUACUCUGUGCCUGAAGCAGUAUGUAGAGCUUUUGAUCAAGGAAGGUCUAGAAACUGCAAUUAGCUGCCCUGAUGCGGCCUGCCCAAAGCGAGGUCACCUACAAGAAAAUGAAAUCGAGUGUAUGGUUGCGUCAGAAAUCAUGCAGAGGUACAAGAAGUUACAGUUUGAAAGAGAGGUGCUCCUGGACCCCUGUCGGACUUGGUGCCCAUCAUCAUCCUGCCAAGCAGUUUGCCAACUUCAGGAAUCAGGACCUCAGAAUCCCCAGCUGGUACAAUGCCAAUCUUGUGACAUAGAAUUCUGUUCAGCAUGCAAAUCCAAUUGGCAUCCAGGGCAAGGUUGUCAAGAGAAUAUGCCAAUCAGCUUCCUCCCAGGGGAGACAAGCUCUGUUUUUAAAAUGGAAGAAGAUGAUGCUCCAAUCAAACGCUGCCCCAAAUGCAAGGUUUAUAUUGAACGGGAUGAAGGUUGUGCUCAGAUGAUGUGUAAAAACUGUAAACAUGCCUUUUGCUGGUACUGUUUGGAAUCGCUUGAUGAUGAUUUUCUCCUUAUACACUACGACAAAGGACCUUGUCGAAAUAAGCUGGGUCAUUCCAGGGCAUCAGUGAUUUGGCAUAGAACACAGGUCGUGGGCAUCUUUGCAGGCUUUGGUCUGUUGUUGUUAGUGGCCUCUCCUUUUCUUUUACUCGCCACGCCAUUUGUUCUCUGCUGCAAGUGCAAAUGUAAUAAAGGUGACGAUGACCCUCUACCAACUUAGAUGGUGUGAAGAUGGAACUGGUUCUUUGCAGUACGUCUCCCACCCCUUCUUGCACUUAACAUUGAGUUUAGCGUUUUGGACCCAAUUCUGACUCCAAGCAAGAGCUGAAGUGCCGUGAUGCAGCAGCCACCGUAGCUGCUUUCUCUCAGUACCAAGAAGGUGUCUGGCGUUCCAGGUGUUCCAGUGUGUUUAGGGGCUGCCAUAAAACAAGCUGGACAUCAGAAAUGUAUGCAUAGGUAACACAGGACAUUUCUUGUUGGCCCUGAGGCUCCUUUUGCAGACGUGGAACUGAGUUGUCCUUAUAUUAAAGGGAAACUUUCCACAUAUCAGUUGCGUCAAACUGAGGUGUCUUACUGCUAAACCUAUGUGUUUUCAGUACCACUUGCCAUUUUAAUAUCAGUCCAUUUUAGUAUGACUUUAAGCAUCUCUUUUUUUACAAUUAGAAAAUAUCAGAAAAUAUCCAAACACAACAAUAAUGGCACCCCAGUAAGGUACUUAAAGACGAUCCAUUGCCUUUGGCUUGUCAAAGGCAAGAAAUUGGAUUGCUCCUGCUAACACGUUGGGGGAUUGUGUGAGUUGUUUUG